UGUCAUUAGCCUCGCUUCACUUGCAGUGGAACUUGCAAAUUUGGCCAAAUGGCGGACAGCGAUGACGACGGUGAGCCGAGGCUUUCUACUGACACUUUAGCAGCUCUAUCGGAGUUCUUUACCGAGCAAGCGAUUGCGGAGAGAGAAACACAAGAGGGACCCCACAAGGGGCGUUUGAUGGAAAACUGGCAACUCAGUCAAUUUUGGUACGAUGAUUCAACAGCAGCAGUACUAGCAGAGGAGGCGGUCCGAGCAAGUGGUGGUGGUCGAGUGGCUUGCAUUUCAUGUCCCACUUUAUUCCUCAAACUUAAAUCGACGUUUCCUGUUCAAUGCUCGUGCACUUUACUAGAAUACGACAGACGUUUUGAUGUCCAUAAUGAGUUCAUAUUUUAUGACUACAACGAUCCUUUCAACCUGCCAACCUCGAUAUCAUAUCCACCGUACUCAUAUGACUUAGUCAUUGCAGACCCUCCAUUCAUGUCUGAAGAGUGUCUUGUUAAAACCAGCAAAACAAUCAAACACUUAGCGAAAGACAAGAUUCUUGUUUGUACCGGAUUAGUAAUGGAAGAAUUGUGUUCGAAGCUGCUGGGAGUGAAAACGUGCAGAUUCGUACCAAAGCAUUCAAACAAUUUAGGAAACGAGUUUCGAUGUUAUACAAACUAUAGGAGUGAUCUAGAUAAUGUGGACGAAUCUUAA